AUGGCCUCCCGCACCUUCGACCAGUUCUUUGACCUUCCCGUCGAGAUCCGGGACCAAAUCAUAUCCUACCUCUGCGUACUCCCAAAUCCAAUCCAGAUAGGUCCCACAGAAUCCUCCGAGAUCCCCUUCCCGCACGACCUGCUUCUCGCCCACCCGCUCCUCUACGCCGCCGGCUCUGCCCUCUUCUACGAACAGAACCGCUUCAUCCUCAACCUCCAAACGGGGCCCCGCGCCGCCGUCGAGCGCGCCAUCUGCGACGGCGGCAGCCCCUGGCUUCUUGGUAAUCCCCAGGCCCGCCGCCGUGUGAAGCACCUCGAGCUCUCGCCGGGUCGCCUGGGCAACGUCUUCCAGACCCACGUCUCCCCGGCCGUGGCCGAUAUGAUCCUGAACGGCUCCCUGCGGCACCUCAGGCUCGUACUGUAUCCUACGAGCGCCGACAAGAUUGUCUUCAAUCAGAGUGCCGCCGACGCGCAGUCGCGGAGGGCCGCUAUUACGCGACGUGACGACGCUUUUGCCCACUCCAGGCCGUUUCAGGCUCUGUUGCGGCUGCUGGCUGAUCCGGACUUGGAGACGGCUGAUCUCUACGUUGACCCUAUUCAUCGCGACUUCUGGUGUGAAUUCCACGAAGGCGUGGCGUGCUGUAAGGGACAGCGGAAGGGGCCGUGGCAGCUCAUUUCGAUUGACUGGAGAAGGCUUGCCGCUAGUUACGGUCAGGAUCACGAGCUCAGCAUCGUUCGGGUGGUUGUUUGA